UCCAGUUUUAGUUGGUUGGGGUCGUUCUGUUUUUUUUCUUUUUUCUUUUAUUUAUUAUCUCCUUCACAAAGACGGCGACCAAUCUAUAGCCGGCGAUACUCUGGAUCAGAUCUCCGACGUUGACAGAUUCAUUCUUCCUUAGAUUGGAUCUUGUCUUUUCUUCCCCCGUUCUUUCAUUCUCUGUCUCUGUUUUUCUCUAUUGGGUGGUGUGUGAGAGAAGAAUGAUGAACGGUGACGAGAUGGAGAGCGAGUACAUCAAGAGACACCAUAGUCACGAGCUUUCAGAGAAUCAGUGCAGCUCUACGCUUGUAAAACAUAUCAACGCUCCUCUUCAUCUCGUGUGGUCACUUGUGAGGAGAUUCGAUCAACCACAAAAAUACAAACCUUUUAUUAGUAGGUGUGUGGUUCAAGGGAAGAAGCUUGAGAUUGGUACUGUUAGAGAAGUAGAUGUGAGAUCUGGUUUACCAGCUACUAAAAGCACCGAGAGGUUAGAGUUUCUUGAUGAUGAUCAACACAUCCUCUCCGUUAGAAUCCUCGGUGGUGAUCACAGACUCAAGAACUAUUCCUCAAUCAUUUCGUUGCACCCGGCCGAGACGAUAGAGGGAAGAGCAGGGACAUUGGUGAUUGAGUCGUUCGUGGUGGACGUGCCGGAAGGUAACACAGAGGAGGAUACUUGUUUCUUCGUGGAGGCUCUGAUUCAAUGCAAUCUCAAAUCUUUAGCAGAUGUCUCUGAGCGUCUAGGAGUUGAAUCUAUAGAGACAAUAUGAUUGGGAUGGAUAAGAAAGUAUUCAAAAAAAGGGUAAAUGGAUGAAGAAGAAGCUUCCAAAGGUGAAGGAGAGAUGAACAUUUUUUUCAAAUAAUCUUCCUUUUUUAUAUAUAGUGAUGUGUUUUUGUUACUCUAUGCUAUCUUUUUUUUUUGUUCCUUUCUCCAUUUUUUUGGAUUUUUUGUAAAUUAUUUGAACUUGAUAAGAUUUGGAAUUUGUAAAUGUUUCUAUAAGAUUCUUCUUUUUUUCA